GAGACCUGUUGAUCAUGAUAGCUUGAGACUCGUCUCCCGCGGUCUUUUCCGACAAAUGGUGACCCCGACGUGAUACAGACCGGGGAACUUUGGCUGCCACGAACGGAGACUGCGUUGGGUUCGGGUCCCGCAGCUAGACGGACGGCGAAAGAGUGAAAUAUUGGACUCCGCGCCUUGGGCGACCACAGCGGUGGGCUCAACCGAUACGUGCUGCCGAAGCUUGGGGGGCUGCAACAGCGCUGACGUAGGUAAGGAUGGACAGGCAAGCAGCAUAUGAUUUAUUCUCUGCCUUUCUGAGAAAGAGGCAAUUCCGGGGGGUAGACUUAGAGAAGGAGCUCCCUGCCCUGCUGAGUCAUGCAGUAUCACACGGGUUUUUCGCUAACCCUCACUUAGUACACACGCUAGAUGAGUGGCGACGGUAUGGGGAUAAGCUUUGGGAGUUGGUGUUGGAAGAUGACAAGGUAGCAAAAAGGAUGAGUAAGUUGUGGAAGGCAGUGCAUAACGAGUUGUUGAUGGGUCAGGCGGAGAAGAGGGCUGCGCAGGGAGCGCAGGCAGCUCAAGAAAAGAACAAAGAUUAUGGGUUGAUCUGGGAUAACACUCCCAACCCCCCCUCCUUUCGCAUGGUUAUGCUGCCCGCUGCUCCCCCCGCAUCCGCAAAUGGAGUGCAGGCUCAGUCAACCGCAGAGCCUGUGGAGGCACCCCCGCGUCGGGUUUUAGGGCCAUCAGCAUUAGAUGGUUCCGGGUCGGUUCCCGGUGCCGAGUCUGACCUUGCGGAGGCUAUAGCCAGGUAGAGACGGGAGUUGUGGACCACGUUAGCAAAACAUGGGAUGGAGGACGGAGAUAAUGAGCUUGUGCAGGCAGUGACUGAAAAUCUUGCGUUCCCAGUUGUCUACACUCCCACGCAGCAGGGCGGGUUACAAGCAGAAAUUCGAACUUUAGAUUGGAAAAUGCUGUCCCAACUACGGGCUACAGUGGGGACAUAUGGGGUAACCAGUGAGCCGGCUAGACAGAUGAUGGAAUAUUUAUUCAGUGCGCACAUACUACUCCCGGCCGAUAUUAGAGGCAUAGCUAGGUUAAUUUACACCCCCCAUCAACUAAUAUUGUUUAACGCACACUGGCAGCAGGAAGCUGCAAUAUCGGCAGCAGUGCAGAGGGGUCCGGGAGACCCUCUGGCAGGCAUAACAAUAGAACAGUUGAUGGGUCUCGGGGCAUGGACUCGGAUAGAGGCACAGGCAAUUUCGGGACCUGAUGUUUCCCGAGAAAUAAUGGCUGUAGCCAGACGGGCUAUGGACAAGAUAAAGGCUCCUGGAGGUACACCUAUUUACAUGGGGAUACGACAGGGGCGGGAAGAGCCGUUGGGUGAUUUUGUGGAUAAGGUUAUGGAUGCGAUUAAAAAGGCUAGCGUACCAGAGUACAUGCAGGGGGCAUUGCUUAAGCAGUGUGUGCUUCAGAAUGGGAACUCGAAUACUCGGUCCCUUGUCAAUACCCUGCCUGGGGAUUGGUCGAUCCCAGAGCUACUGGAAAAGGCCGCUACGGUCCCCUCGGGGACCCAGGCUUUCCUAGUGAAUGCCCUGCAGAAGAUUGGGGAUGGGUUACGGGAGCAGGCCAGAGCAUUGCAGGAACAAUCAAGGUCAGCUCAGACCCAGGUGUUAGCAGCCCUUGCGCCCCUCCAAGCUACCGUCUCCACGGGCCCCCACCCGCGCGGCAACCCCUGCAUGAAGUGCUUUCGCUGUGGGAAUGUCGGACACAUCCGCCGUGAAUGCCAAGCAGAUGGGGUCUGGUGCGGCAAGUGUCAAUCGAACACCCACAAUGCCAACGCCUGCUGCCGAAAGUCGGGAAACGCGAGGAGCAGCGCGAACAGCAGCCGCGCCCGGACACAAGUAGCAGCUGCAACAUCGAACGCCCCCGGCAGCAACAACCCCAGCCUGCCACAAGCGGGAGCCUCGGCUUGGACGUAGCAGCCUCAAUAGACAUUACCAUCUUAUCUAAUCAACCCCACCUAAUUGCUACCGGACUGUUUGGCCCUGUUAUGAUAAAUGGACAAGCGGUGGGAGGGCUGCUGCUCGGAAGAUCAUCAGCCAGCAUGUUAGGACUAUUUGUCUUGCCUGGGGUCAUAGAUGCGGACUACCAAGGAGAAAUUAUGGUUAUGGUGCAUACCCCUUACCCGCCAAUAAGGAUUAACAAGGGGCAACGGAUAGCUCAGCUAGUUCCGCUGCCGCAACUAACGAAAGGGAUGAUACCCCUAAAGCAGGAACCGAGAGAGCAAAAAGGAUUCGGUUCGACUGGCGGACUAACUCUGCUCACUAUUGACCUGUCAGAUCGCCCAAAGAAACCAUGCACAUUGUACUACCGAAAUCAGAGCAUUAUUCUGACAGGAUUAUUGGACACGGGCGCAGAUACAUCGAUCAUUACCCCAGGAGAAUGGCCGUCGGAAUGGCCACUUCAAUCGUCCACUACUACAGUGACCGGGGUUGGAGGAGUGACGUUAGCAAGCCGGACUCCCAUGCUCGCUGUAGAAAUAGACGGCCGAAGAGCCACAGCUGUGUUUUCACUAGCCCUGCUUCCGCCCACAGUAUCCUGCCUUAUCGGUAGAGACGUGUUGGCUCAAUUAGGCCUUGUCCUUACCAAUGAACACCCUUUAGGAUAACGGCCAUUGCUUGGACUUUCCCGCUGCCACUUACAUGGACUACGAACAACCCGGUUGUGGUUAAGCAACUGGCCACAUUACGUGCCUUGACUAGUCAGCUGCGAGAGGAGCGGGACCUCGGUUUUGAUGCAUGGCUCAAAGGGUUGGGCCUUGGGCCCUGGCUGCGAAACCUCAUCGAGUACGCCUCAAUAAUCAUUAGCAUUGUUUUGUUAGCAUUGCUUCUGCUACCCUGUAUUCUUCAAUGUCUGCAGGGAAUGAUUGCCAGACUGAUCUCCAGUAGCUUUGCCGGUUUUGUUGCCCAGAAAGAAAACGGGGGAAGUGUGGAGAGCCUGUACACAGAGUGGCUACGUGACAAGGGCCACAAUGGAAUGCCACUCGUGAAACAAUAAAAGAAAGUAUGUAACUAGAGGCAAGGACGGCUACUCGGGUAGAUGGAAAACAGGAUGCAUAUCUACAGCAAUGAAGAAACAGUAACAGCAAGGCUAACCACGAAGGUCAAGAUGAAGUAAUGCAUAAUCCGCCAAUCCUGAGCUAUGCUUUUGCAAUAUGUAUAAGCUCAUUACCUACUGUAUAAAUACAAUACCAAUGUGCCUAAUAAACGAGACCUGUUGAUCAUGAUAGCUUGAGACUCGUCUCCCGCGGUCUUUUCCGACACUGCUGCUGAUGUCAAGUUGUGGAGCCCUAAGCUUGGGUGUGAAACGACCAUGCUCCUUUCAGCCUGUCUGCACCUGACUAGCAAGGAGAGUUUUGUCCUGUGGCUUAUGCAACCUCAACCGCUUCCUGUGUCCACUUAAACAGCAUCAACAGCAGCUGCUGCAGUACCUCCAUGGCUAGGAAAUGGCACUGGAUCCCAUCAUGUUUCUGUUUGCUUAGACUACCAGCCAUACAGCCUACUGCCUGCUUGUCAACCCUUUAUUCUAAAUCCCUGGGCAUAAAACUGCUCUGUUUUCUCAACAGAACGCCCAGGAAUCCCAUGGGGUGGCUGUGCCAACACCGUCAGUGCCGGAAGACUUUGAG